UGUCGCGGGUAGCCGCAGCCUGGUUUCAGCGCUCCGACUUUGGGCCGAUCCUUCAGAGGGCCAAACGCGCCGCCAUGGAUCUCACAGCCAUCUACGAGAGCCUCAUGUCGCUGCACCCUGACCCCCCAUCCGACCACGGAGGGACGGAGCCUUCGGGACUCUGGGGCCCGGCUGGGGUCACCUCUCGCCUGCCGGGCCGCUCCACCAGCCUGGUAGAGGGCCGCAGCUGCGGCUGGGUGCCGCCACCCCCCGGCUUCGCACCCCUGGCUCCCCGCCCGGGCCCGGAGCUGGCGCCCUCGCCCACCUCGCCCACCGCGACCUCCACCACCUCCUCCCGCUACAAGACUGAGCUGUGUCGGACCUUCUCGGAGAGUGGGCGCUGCCGCUACGGCGCCAAGUGCCAGUUUGCCCAUGGCCUGGGCGAGCUGCGCCAAGCCAAUCGCCACCCCAAGUACAAGACUGAACUCUGCCACAAGUUCUACCUCCAGGGCCGCUGUCCCUACGGCUCCCGCUGCCACUUCAUCCACAACCCCAGUGAGGACCUGGCCGCCCCCGGCCACCCCCACGUGCUGCGCCAGAGCGUGAGCUUCUCCGGCCUGCCCUCCGGCCGCAGGACAUCGCCGCCGCCGCCGGGCCUCGCAGGCCCCUCCCUGUCCUGCUCCUUCUCGCCACCCAGCUCCCCGCCCCCACCGGGGGACGUUCCGCUUUCACCCUCGGCCUUCUCUGCUGCCCCCGGGACCCCCGUGGCUCGAAGGGACCCCACGCCCGCCUGCUGCCCCUCCUGCCGCCGGGCCAACCCUGUCAGCAUCUGGGGGCCCCUGGGUGGCCUGGCCCGGAGCCCCUCGGCGCACUCCCUGGGCUCAGACCCGGAUGAGUACGCCAGCAGCGGCAGCAGCCUGGGGGGAUCCGACUCCCCUGUCUUCGAGACCGGAGCUUUCGGGCCACCCCAGCCGCCUGCAGCCCCCAGGCGCCUCCCCAUCUUCAACCGUAUCUCCGUGUCUGAGUGACGGAGAUCCGUUGGAUAGAGGGGCGCCGCGGUGUGCCGUGGGUUCCGCUGGGCCCAGGGCCUGUGGGGAAGGGAUCCUAAUUCAUUCAAGUGGGUCCCUCCCUCCCCCGCAUUCCAAAAUGCAUUAAUUUCCCCCCUGACCCCACGCUGGGGCAGGUCCCCGGUGUGUAAGCUCAGUGUUCACGGUGUUGGGGGACAGAGUGCUUUCUGGGGUUCUUUGAAGAUGUAGCAUACUGGAGGGAGACAGUGAGCCCCGGCCCCCCGACCUGCACCCCAUCUGAAUCUCCUGGAAUCUCAUGUGCUGUGAAUAGUAGCCCCCUGCGCGCCCCCUCCCACUUCUUCCCGAGGUCCCAGCGUCUGGUGGUGAGUGGAGCCUCCCGAGGGAGACUCCUGGUGCUCAAAUUUCCCUCCACAAGCAAGCAAAGCCGUUGCCAAACCCCUCCCCCAACCGACGGGCCCUUUAUUUAUGACGACUUUAUUUAUUCUAAUAAGGUUUUAUAGUAUUUAUAUAUAUUGAGUCGUCUGCUUCCUUUGUAUUUUUUCCUCCUCUUUUUUGUAAUAUUGGAAACUAUGGUAUAAUUAUUAAGUAUGCUAUAAUAAUAUAUUAAGUAAUAUAUAUUGUUACCUUAAAAGUCUAUUUUUGUGUUUCGGAAUUUUUAAAUAAAAGGAACCGGCGUGUAA